AUGCAAAAGACAUGGAGUGGCAUAGUUGCUGUAAGAUUUUCGGAUUGCGCUUCGCAGGCAAGCAUAUACAUGUCUUUACAACCAUCUUCGCCUCAUAACACGGGGAUAACAAUGACAAGUCAAGAGGAGACAAUCUACUCUGCCUUGGCAGCCGUCUUCCUAACAGCGAUGGAAGGGGUACACAUACCGGAAGCCAUUCUUAAAUCUCCUCGAGACGUGCUUGAGGUACCUCAUCCUACCAGUUCCGGUGGUCUUUCUCCUCUUAGCCUUUUGUCCCCACUCGUACGAACGGAUUUUAGCAGAUGGAAACAUCAAGGCAUCCUAUUCAUGGCAACUAUCACGCGUAUGAAUCCUCGCCGCGCGGAUCCACGUCUCUUGUUACUUCCUCCCGAUACAUUCAAAGGGAAGAGAGUCCUGGACAUUGGCUGUAAUGAGGGAUGGGUGACGAUAGAUAUUGCACAACGAUUCUCUCCCGCAAAGAUCAUUGGUGUUGAUAUCGAUGCUAGCCUGAUUGGAGGAGCUUGGAAAAGAAGAAGGUUUAUUUGGAGUUUACAAAACACUUCACCUUCAACAACAGAUGCCACAUCCCCUUCAGGGUCUGAGCACGACCAGUCUGCGAGGAGUAAGAAAAGGAAACGAAUGGAUUCACAAAACACCGUCAGCAGAGACCCGACUUCUGCUUUCUUCUCCAAUGUCGAAUUGUCACCAGAUCGAUCGGACGUAUUUGCUUACUUUCCUCAGUCUAUGGAGUACAUGUUCGGACCCCUUUCUAUGCCACCGCCUUCCUCAAAAAAUGUCACACCCGAGAUACAUCACCCCUUUCCACAUAAUGUCACAUUCUAUACAGCAGAUUGGAUGAAGUCUACGAGAAAUGUGGUCCUGAGUAACGAGGCCGAAACAGGGCAGGCAGAAAGUAGUAAUGCGGCGAUGGAGAAAGAGGAUCGAGAAGGCUAUGAUGUCGUUCUUGCAAGAAGCAACCUACGCCCAAGCUGGGAUCAAGGAGACGAAGCGAUCCCUAGUCGCUUUUCGCAAAUGUCGGACUUGGAAAUACAUUUGGCGUCACGUGAUGACGUGAUGGGGUCCAGCGGACCCAUGGCACCGCCACCCCAGAAGUGCUUUAACGCAAGUCGUAUUCUCGAACAACUCUCAACCAAACUUCAAUCUUCAAAAAUG